AUGUCUCGCUGUGAUGAGGUUCAAGAGGUGGUGCUCCAAGAGCCCUGCGACAUGCACGUGCAUGUGCGUGAGGGCGCAAUGUGCGAGUUGGUGACGCCGAUGGUGCGGGAUGGAGGUGUCUCCGUGGCGUACGUGAUGCCGAACUUACAGCCUCCUAUUGUUACGGUGGACCGUGUGGUGCAGUACCGUGCGAGGCUGCAGGAAUUGGCCCCGCAGACGACGUUUCUGAUGAGUCUGUACUUGUCCCCCGAGUUGACACCUGAGGUGAUUCACGAGGCCGCACGGGUCCGUGCAGUGCACGGGGUGAAGUGCUACCCUGCAGGCGUCACGACGAACUCGGAUCAAGGUGUAGACCCGAACGAUUUCUCGCAGUUCUACCCUGUGUUCGAGGCAAUGCAAGAGGAAGGACUCGUAUUGAACUUGCACGGCGAGAAACCGUCCUCCAAGGGUGACUGUGACGGUGAAGGUGACGGUAUCAACGUCCUCAAUGCGGAGGAGAAGUUUCUACCAGCUUUGGAGAAGUUACACGCUGAUUUCCCGAAGUUGAGGAUCGUGCUGGAGCACUGUACGACCGCUAAAGCGAUCGAGCUCGUGCGGAAACUGAACCAGCAGGUUCCAAGCGAUUCCGACCCUGUCGUUGCGGCGACAAUCACCGCACACCACUUGCUACUGACAGUAGACGAUUGGGCCGGGGACCCUGUGAAUUUCUGCAAACCUGUUGCGAAGUUGUCCCACGACCGUCGUGCGCUAGUCUCCGCGGCGACCUCUGGCGAGCGGUGCUUCUUCUUCGGGUCGGACUCGGCGCCGCACCCGGUCGAGAACAAGCAGCGGUACCGUGGCGUCUCCGCUGGGAUCUUCACCCAGAGGUACGCUCUCGCGUACGUCGCAGAGGUGUUCGAAGCGCAGGGAAGACUCGACACUUUGCAGAAGUUCGUCUCGGACAACGCCCGGAGGUUCUACCGUGUCGCAGGUGAGGCCAAAAACACAGUGACACUGUACCGUCGCGACCACGUCGUCCCAGAGCUGGUCACCAACAACUCCCAAACCGUCUCGGUCGUCCCCUUCAUGCCGGGCGAGACGCUCCACUGGGACAUCAGAUGGCAAAAGUAA